GGGCUGAGCGAGCGAGAGGGAGAGGGGGAGGAAGAGGAAGAGGAAGAGGGAGAGGGAGAGGGAGAGAGGAGCGUGCUGAAGAGGGUGUUGACAAGCAAGAGGCAAGCAUGUAUCCAAUCUGAGAAAGGAUGAGAGCUGCAGCCAGUGAGCCACUGAUUUGGAAAAUGAACAGCAGCAGCAGCGAAACGCUCAUUACAAAAAAACCACCCUAUGCUAAAACCCAAAUUCUCGUUACUUCUCUUUCCUACUCACGCCGCCCUUCACCUCCGUUUUGCUUCCAAUCUCCGCACAGCCCACCACCUGCCGCAAUCCAAAUGAAAAGCUUCACAAAACACCACCCCCUCCCCCUCCAAAUCCGUCGUCAUAAUCAUAAUCCCUUGCUUGAAAAGCUCGGCAAGAGGGUGAAGGACCUACCCGCUUCCCAGAUUCUGAAAGACGUUGAACAUUGGAGGGAAGACCUGUUCUGGGCUGUCAUUAGAUUUCUCAUACAACACUCCAGGCCUGAGGAGGUUCUUCAGGUGUUUGAUCUCUGGACGAAUACAACAGAAUAUUCACGUACUAAUGAAUACAACUAUGGGAAGAUUAUAGGGAUGUUGAGCGAAAGUGGUUUCGUGAAAGAAGCAGCAGGCGCGCUUGCAGAAAUGAAGAGACUCGGGGUACACCCUUCUUUGGAGAUCUACAAUUUUGUAAUUCAUGGUUUUGCCAUGAAAGGGAAAUUUGAUGAUGCUUCAUUUUUUUUCAAUGAGAUGGGGGAAGCUAAUUUGUCACCAAAUACCGAAACCUAUCAUGGACUCAUUCAAGCUUACGGGAUGUAUGAAAUGUAUGAUGAAAUUGGUAUGUGUCUGAAGAAGAUGGAAUCAUCAAAUCAGAGUUUCCCGGAUCACAUUAGUUAUAACUUGUUGAUUAGAGAAUUUGCAAGAGGUGGGUUGUUAAAAAGAAUGGAGAGAGUGUACCAAACACUGCUAUCAAAGCGGUUGGGUUUGCAAUCUUCUACGUUGGUUGCAAUGCUCGAAGUUUAUACUAGCUUUGGCUUGUUGGAAAAGAUGGAAAAAGUUUAUAGGAGAAUUUUGAACUCGAGAAUGCAUUUGAAAGAAGAUUUAAUUAGACGAUUGGCCAGAGCUUAUAUUAAAAACUAUAUGUUUUCAAGAUUGGAUUAUUUGGGACUUGAUCUCUUUGUGACUAAUGGUAAAACUGAUCUUGUUUGGUGUCUGCGCCUCCUUUGCCAUGCUUGUCUCUCGAGUAGAAAAGGCAUGGAUUCUAUUAUAUGGCAGAUGGAAGCAGCAAAAGUUCCAUGGAACAUAUCAAUUGCAAACACUAUUCUGCUAGCAUACUUGAAAAUAAAAGAUUUUAAGCACUUGAGAAUCUUAAUCUCUGAUCUACCAAUUCGAGGUGUGAAACCUGAUAUCGUAACUGUCGGAAUUAUUUAUGAUGCGAGUAUGAUAGGGUUUGACGGAACUGCGUCUUUAAAUGCGUGGAGAAGGAUGGGUUUUCUUGAUGAAGUUGUGGAAAUGAACACUGAUCCUCUGGUUCUCUCUGCAUUUGGAAAGGGUCAUUUCCUUGUAAGUUGCGAGGAGAUGUACUGCUCCCUUGAAGCUGAAGCUCGGAAAAGAAUUUGGACUUACCAGAUGCUUAUCAAUUUGGUGUUUAAACUCAUUGAAAAACAGCCUUCUGUUAGGGGACAGAACUUGAAGUUUAGAUAAAGUAUUAAACAUCCUGACCGCAAGGAUUUCCACAAAAAGGCCCAUAUGCAAAGGAGUUGGAUGUUACGUUUGGUGGUACUGCAAACUACGGGAAAGCAUUUAUGGGCAACCUCUCAAAGGACAUAAGGGAACACAUCAUUCAUUUCUGAAGAUUCUAUGCAUGUUGAGCUGGAGGAGGAAAUUGCUACUGAAAGAGUUAAGUGUCGAGGUGACGAUGCAAGAAUAGUGUCCAUUCAAGUGUGUGAAGAAAGGGUGGAUCCAGUUGGUAACACAGGGGGAAAGAAGCGUAAAGAGAGUACUAUAGAUGGAGUUGAAAGGAGUAUCCAAGAGAUUUGUGAUGUUUUAAGGAUUUUCAAACAAUUGUUGGCAAUGGAUUUCAGACCAUUAUUAGUAAACUAUGAUUGAUUUGAGCUUGAUUUGAGCUUUUAUAUCUUCAUUUUACAUAAUAAUUUUGUCAA